CGGGACAGGACUCCCGGAGACCUGGUCUCAGACCAGCCAAUUCGGCGGAUAAGUGGCGGCACGACGAGCCGCCUAGUCAAAAGAAUGGAUUUUACAGAGGCCUACUCGGACACGUGCUCUGCAGUUGGACUUGCUGCCAGGGAAGGCAAUGUUAAAGUCUUAAGGAAACUGCUCAAAAAGGGCCGUAGUGUUGAUGUUGCUGAUAACAGGGGAUGGAUGCCAAUUCAUGAAGCAGCUUAUCACAACUCAAUAGAAUGUUUGCGGAUGUUAAUUCAUGCAGAUUCAUCUGAAAACUACAUUAAGGCAAAGACUUUUGAAGGCUUCUGUGCAUUACAUCUUGCUGCCAGUCAAGGACAUUGGAAGAUUGUACAGAUUCUUUUAGAAGCUGGGGCAGAUCCUAAUGCAACUACUUUAGAAGAAACCACACCAUUGUUUUUAGCUGUUGAAAACGGACAGAUAGAUGUGUUAAGGCUGCUGCUUCGACAUGGAGCAAAUGUUAAUGGAUCCCAUUCUAUGUGUGGAUGGAACUCCUUGCACCAGGCUUCUUUUCAGGAAAAUGCUGAGAUCAUAAAAUUGCUUCUUAAAAAAGGAGCAAACCAGGAAUGCCAGGAUGACUUUGGAAUCACACCUUUAUUUGUGGCUGCUCAGUAUGGCAAGCCAGAAAGCUUGAACAUACUUAUUUCAUCGGGUGCAAAUGUCAAUUGUCAAGCCUUGGACAAAGCUACUCCCUUGUUUAUUGCUGCUCAAGAGGGUCACACAAAAUGUGUGGAGCUUUUGCUGUCCAGUGGGGCAGAUCCUGAUCUUUACUGUAAUGAAGACCAUUGGCAGUUACCUAUUCAUGCAGCUGCACAAAUGGGCCAUACAAAAAUCUUGGACUUGUUAAUACCACUUACUAACCGGGUCUGUGACACUGGGCCAGACAAAGUGAGCCCUGUUUAUUCAGCAGUGUUUGGAGGACAUGAAGAGUGCCUAGAAAUACUGCUCCAGAACGGCUACAGUCCAGAUGCCCAGACGUGCCUUGUCUUUGGAUUCAGUUCUCCCAUGUGUAUGGCUUUCCAAAAGGACUGCGAGUUCUUUGGAAUUGUGAAUAUUCUUUUGAAAUAUGGAGCCCAGCUAAAUGAACUUCAUUUGGCAUACUGCCUGAAGUAUGAGAAGUUUUCAGUAUUUCGCUACUUUUUGAAGAAAGGUUGCCCAUUGACAUCAUGGAACCAUAUAUCUGAAUUUAUGAAUCAUGCAAUUAAAGCACAAACAAAAUAUAAGGAAUGGUUGCCACAUCUCCUGGUUGCUGGAUUUGACCCACUGACUCUACUAUGCAGUUCUUGGAUUGACUCAGUCAGCAGUGACACCCUUAUCUUCACUUUGGAGUUUACUAAUUGGAAGAGACUUCCGCCAACUGUUGAAAAGAUGCUCUCUACUCGUGCUUCAAACUCCUCUUGGACUGUACAACAACAUAUUGUCUUUACAGAAACCAGUUAGGAAGACACCUGAAUCAUACAUGAUACUGAAGUUAACAUCCUUGAUGAUCUCAUGGGAUCAGAAAAAGGAUUUUUAUGAACAUCACAAAGAAAAAGAAAUCGAGAGGAGAAUUCCAGAUUUUCAUAAGUUGUCCGGCUUGUGGAAUGAAGCAAGAUUAUGUUUAUAACUAGUUUAAUUGCAAAAGGUUUUCAAAAGAAGUGUCAUUUGCCCAAAUCUACUAGUCAAAACAUAACAAUGUCCUUGGAGAAAUGGAUCAGUUUGCCAGGGGACGCCAGUGCCUUCAAGUCCUGCUGAUCAAGUCCUUAAAUUCCGAUGCCAGACAUGGAAAUCAGCCUUCUGAUGACACGCUUAAAGGCCGCUCUUCCCCGUAUUGUGUGAUUGUAGGCAGUCAUCUGAGUGCUCCGGGUUAGAGGUUGGAACGAACAGGAUGUUCUUGAAGGCCACUGACAGCUCAUGGGCAGAGCUUCUGUUAGAAAAUUUGUGUUAACCAACCUUGAUCUCUAUAAAACCUUGUGGAUUUGAACACAAACAAAUAUAAAAUGCCCAUGAUCCCCACAUUAACCCUCCUAUUGUGUUUUCAAAUGGAUCUCAAAUACACAUUGACAUGCUGCAUGCCUCUCAAAGAUUAUUUGAAAUCUGAGCUGAUUGCAAAAGGAUUGAUUUCCAGCAAACGUGGCAAAAUGACUAAGAAGGAUUCAACACAGCAUCUUACACACUGUGAUUUUCAAUAAAAGGUCAUUGAUUCCAGAAGAGAUGAAAGAUUCCUUUGCAUAUCACGAACAUUCCUGUGCCUUACUAUUUCCUCUUUCUUCUUCCGUAUUGAAAAAUCUCCCCAUAAUCUGUGCCCAAACAAAUUACCAAAUGUUGGAAGAGGCAAGUUGGAGUCCUGCUAUGUUUAUUUUGCUUUAUUUGUUCUGGAUUUAGAGUUAAAACCUUCCAGUAGCUGAAGUGUAUCAAGGGCUUUUCAUUUCAUAUUGUGAAAUGUGUUGUUAUGCACAGUUCAUUCUAUUAAAAAACAAAACGUGUAAACCUAAAUUAAAAUGCAUAGUGUAGAUCCCUCAGAGGGGGCUUUUGAAACACUCAGGCAUGAAAUGUUGCAUAGAUUUCUUGUUAACCAGAAAAUUAUUUUAGCAAGCGACCCUUCCUGAGGCCUUGGGUAGGAGCUGGGUGUCAUGAGCCUCUGAAAUUGUAAGGUGGGUGCUUGAUGUUGUGUGCAUUUAUCUCAGUUGCCAGGAAGUUCACAUUGCCAUCUGUCUCAGGCUUUGCCAGAAGCUACCUGUGGUUUAAAAGUUCAGAAAGGUCUGGACAACAGGAGGGGUAAGGGAAAUAAUGUGGAAAUAAAAUAUUUCAGGUUUUUUUUUUUGUUAACUCUCCUCUUGACACACUGUAUGAGGUGUUCUGCUCACUCUCAGGUUUCUUGCUGUGAGGAUUCUUUCAUGAUGGUAUUUUAAAAAGACAAAACCAACUUCCUGUGGUGGACACAGUUGUAACAUGGUAUCUAGAAAUACAGUUAUCAGCCCAUACAUUUGAGCUAUUUGCUAGAGCUCCAGAGGAAGAAGUGAAGAGUUCUCCAUAAGGAGAGGCUGAAAUUGUUCACUAAAGCUCAAUCCCUUUAUAGCCAAAGGAAAUUAGAGAACUGAAACAAUGAUCACUGGAGUUCAGAAAAAUCCUCUUUCAGGCUACAUUUCCAGUAAUUAUCUCAAUGCAUUGGUAUUUUAUUUUAUUUUUACUUUUUUGGUAGAGACAGGGUCUCACUAUGUUACACAGGCUGGUCUUGAACUGGCCUCAAGCGAUCCUCCUGCUUCGGCCUCCCAAAGUGCUGGGAUUAGAGGUGUGAGCCACCGUGCCCAGCUGCAUUGGUAUUAAUGCUGAUUUCUGCCCCUGCUGUCUUCUGAAACUGCAUUCUAAAGAAUAGCUUUGGAAAUCAGAUUUAAAAAUUGUGCUUAUUCAAUGAACUGUGGACCACUAAGGCCUUAACUAGGUAUGUGAAGGGGAAAUGGAAGUUGUCUAGGUAAAUGGAAAUGUCAUAGCAAAUAUGUUGCACUUUUAUUUCAGCCUUAAAAAUCAAAGCUUAACUCAUGCAAUAUAAUCUGAAAAAAUGAAGCAGUGAGUCUAAAUGGUAAUUGACCAGCAAUUCUGAAAGACAAAGUAGAGGCCAGCUACCUUGUUAUUUGCUCAGUGACCUUGGCCAAGCUACUUACUUGACUGUGUCCCAUGUCCUAAUUUCUAAAAUAAAGACCUGUGAGGGUCUAUGACAUACCACCUGUGACUCACCAAGCUCAGGGCUUGGCACAUUGUAAGGUUCAACAUUUUUACUGUUUUAUUUUCAUCUUUUCCUGUCCCUCUUUUGUGUUGUUUUUAGCAUGACAAGGUUAAACGGGAGUAACAAGGCGACAUCAGAAACGGUGCUUUCCUGUUUAUCUAAAAACAAAAAUCACAAUAUUAAAGAAAUUUUCCUUGAUGAGACCAAGAAAAUAAGUGGUCUGGUUAUGGAGACUGAUCACUAAAACAAAGUUUUCUUUUUGCACAGUUGAAAGAUUUCAAGAUGUCCUGUUCUGUUCCAUAGAACCUUGCCUGUCCUUCUGCAUGUCACCCAAGACAUUCCUUAGUAAUCUCUUGUUUCCUUCAUCAUUAAUUACUUACAGAGCAUCCAAUUGCUUAGGAGUAGAGGUAGCUUUAGCAUCUCUGGAAGAGCUGGGCGCUGGCUGGGGAGACGAGGUCUUGGAGCCUCCUCUACUGCUGAUUUGCUGGGUUCCUUGUGCAGCCUUGGGUGAGAAAAUUAGUGUAAAAGUCCUCGUCAAGGAUCAAGGUGUCUUCCUCCUCCUUUUCGCAGUCUCCUCCUUCUGGCCAAUGAUGGAAACAACCUGUGUUCGUGUCAUUGAAGGGCUUCCAGUUUUCAGCUUGGUGCUAGCAAGAGAGUAGUAUUUCAUGGGCCCAUGAAAGGCAAAUGUGUGGAUCAGGGGUCCCAGGGCCCACCAGAUGGGGCAGGGACAUGAAUGAAAGUAGAACCCUAAGAAGAGCAGAAAUGGUGGAGACUGGUGAGUCUGAAAGCACCAUCCGUCUAACCUUUGCUCUAAACUCUUCUAACCGUAUUUAAAUGCAAACCUAUAAAAAUGGCAUCUGCAGCUGGAUUUGGCCUCACAUGGCCAGCUGACAGACUCUAGCAUGGACAGCCGGUGGAAAAUCAGGUGAAGCUGAGAAAGGUGCCGACUGGUGUCAUCUAAGUGUUGUUCUUUUUGGGAGCGUGGGCCGCAGACUGAGUUGUGGUCCCCCCCCCACCCCGUUUCUAAGGAUUCAGUCUCAUUAGAGCUUGCAUCCUGAAAAAUCAGCACAAUUUUAACUGCCUCAAUUUCUCCGAGUCAGCGUUGGAUGCUGAUGUGCUCCUAGUCACACCUUGGGUUUGUUUUGCAAUUCAGAAUUUGGUUUCCCUGCUGUGGCUGAUGCAGUUGGCUUUGGUUAUAGUGCAAUAAAUUCACAUAAACAUU